AUGAUUGCUUUGAAAAACAAAGAUGACGAUGAACCAACCAACACAGGUACAGAUUGUGGUUUGUUGCCAAGGAAGAAAGUGAAUCUUAUAUAAUGACUAACUAUCAUGUGAUUUCCGCGAUCAAGCAACGCAGACAUCAAACUCAACGCGAAUUUAAAGUUCAUAUCUUAAUUCGCGCAACCUUAUAUCCCCUAUGUAUAAUUGUUUCGUCCGUUUUUCAAGUGCCUGAUGCAGCUAUGGUAAAAGACCGCUCGUUGUUUUAGCAGUUUGUCAGCCAUGUUUGCACUAAAGUAACAAACGCAACUGUACUUCGCAACUGGAAUUUUAUCAGAAUUUUGUUAUGAGCAUGAACCAUCAAAUAGAAAAUAAACACGUUAUUUACCGUUUAGGUCAGUCCAUACUAAAAGAUAUGUUCCCUCGGCCUCAGAAACGUCCCUCGGUCUUCUUCUGAGACCUCGUGGAAAAUAUUUUUUUCCGUACGGACCUCGCAGCCGGUAAAUAACAUAUAUGUGUAAUAAUUGCUGUAGUUUUCAGUGUAAGAACACGCAUUGCUGUACCUUCACAGAAUGCAAAAUACAGUACUUCACCAAAUAGUAAACUGAUAAAUUACUGAAUGGAAACCCGUAUGGAAAUCAAUACUGUAAUAUUUGAAUAAGGUUCAUUUGGGCUAUUAAAUCGCAAUUUGAAGAAGGUUAAUUUAAACUAUCAAACUGACUUGCGUUAGUGGAGAUUUCAGUUUGCAUUACAAAAUAGCUAGAAAUACAUGCAUGCAUGCAGCAACCACAGAGGAAGUACAUACAGACGUUAAUUUAGCGUAAUGGAUUUUUUCAGUCCGCCAUGUUCUUAGCAAGUGCCCUAAAGAGAGGCUGUCACCCCCCUGAAAACAUAUUGAAAUUUAAUGUUCCAGGGGGGUGAAUGCCUCAAUGUUGUUUUGCAUUCUGCGAGCUUUGAUUUAAUGUAAAAUUUAAUCUGAAACGCUUCGUUAAAAGAGCGAGAGCCAGUUGCAAGUAAUCUUUUUAAAUAUUUUUAUGUUUCCGUGAAUGUAGUUUUUCUAUGGCUGACACACUUAUGACAUGUGCGCUAUGGUUUGUCGUGGCUCUUAACGCCUGAUUCCACGGGCGCUUUCUUCGGCGAAAUGAACUAGGUGCAUGCGCAGUAAGGAUAAAUUAGGCUUCGUGAGCAAAAAUUUCACUUCACCAGUGAGUACAAGUCAGUUCUAGUCACUGCGAAAGCGGAAAAAGUUGGAAAAUACAAUAGAAUCGCUCAUGUGCAGCCAUCCGUAUUUGGCAGACACAAUUUCUCGCGAAGAAUUUUGCCGUCGUGGAAGCAGGCCUUAACAAACUUAAGUUGUCAUUUGUUUCGCCUCUGGUUAUUCCGGCUCUUGCAAUAGUUGGUCAACUACACGUGCCAUCAUAUAGGUAUAUAUGUUUAUUAAGAGGCAAUAGCCUACAGGCAAUUUAGGAAACACUUGAAAAUCUUGAAGUUUUCUUGAAUGUUUCGCUGUUUAUCCAGCUUUGGAAACAGUUCUCACGAAGCAAACAUAUUUCCCAAUAAAUUCAGAAACAUAUUUUGUUUCUCCAUGUGAUUUUUUAGCGGAAACAACUGUUUCUUGUUUGUCCACUUUCGGGAAAAAGGCUGUGGCAGGCAUUGUUUCCUGGUUUGCUCAUCUUCGGAAAGAAGGCUAGGAAACAAUGGAAAAAAAUUCUGAAGAAAAUUCUAUCUUCUCUUUUAUUAUAGACAUUAUUCGUUCACAAAAAUCAACACAGGAAAGCAAGAAGUCAUCGAAAGAAAGCCCUAUGUGUAGUUCUUGUGAUUUUAAAGACGAAACACCGCUUUCGAGUGACCGGGAUAAAUGGCCCAUUGGUAAAAUCGAAAAUGGUUGUUUUCACAAAAUUUGCAAACUGCUCGACUUAACUCAUCGUAGCAAGGAACCACUGAUGAGCGCUCUAGGUGGCUUCGACCAAGCAACGACUGCAGGUAUUGAAACAAAAUAUGAACUAAAGGGAGGAAUGUGGAUUGCCGAAGAAGUACUCGGUAGGUGGGCAUCAAGAAAUCAAGAAAAUAAUGUGGGGGCUCUUAAGAAGAUUCUUGGAGAUACCAUGCAAAGGCUUGAUGUACUUUUCGAGAUUGAAAAAUGGGAGAAGUUGUCUGUUUGUCAUGGAUGCGGUAUUAAAUUGAGAGGUAUGUCCAGUAUAGACGUCGGAUGGUGACGAUCCGUGAGUAUGAAUACAGAUGGUAGAUACAUUAAUAAAAUAAAAUGGGCCAAUUAACGAUAGGCGACUUGCACUAAGUGCUCACGUGACCUUAAUCCUCUUGAAAUGGUAGGUAUGGAACUACAAAUCUACAAUUAACAAUUAACAUAUAGAGUGAUAUUUUAAGCAAAAAUUCGAAUUUUUUGUUUUAAAAAACUUCAAAAGAAUUUCUUGCACGUUUAGGGCAGGGCGCUUGGUACAGAGGGGGGGGGGAGGGGGGCUGUAUAGAGGGCCAUUUGAUGGAGGUUAUAUUUCAUUUUACGUAGUGCUAAAUCCUUGUUUGAACUUUAUUUUGUCAAGAUUGUGAAGAGGAAGAAUAUAGGCGUGCAUAUUCGCAAGCUCUCCAAGAAGGUAAAGCAAACAAUAAUUCCGAUUAUGCUGGUCGGGCAAGACAGAGGCAACACCGUUAAAAUAUUGUGUAACAAAUUUAAUGAUUUAAAGUUUGUUAGUUCACGGCAAUCAGGUAUAAUAUCAGCCAUGUUUUCGCUCGCUACUCUGGUUUUGAUUAAUGAAUGCAAAGCCCAGUCGAACUGCAUUCACGACCCAACGUUUCGACACUCCAGUCUUGUGUCUUCAAUCUUGACAAUGAGUACUGUUUUGUUUUCUGUGUUGUUUUAUUAACUGAUACAUGGUUUUAUAUCGUACCUAAUUUAUUAAAAAAUUUUAUACCUGCACAUUUUUGUGCAAAGUUUAGCCGAGAAGAAGCACGCCCUGAAAUUUCACACCAUUAUAAUAUUGUUUAACCACAAAACAGGCUACAUUUGAUAUUCAAAAAUGCCAAAACCAACAUACACUGAACAGCACCCAGGGAAAUUUGGGUGCUAAUAACAAAAUUUGACUUUGGCCCCCUGGUGAUUCCAUCUUCUAACACUAUGAUUAGGAGGGUCCGGAGGCAUUGUCCCGGAAAUUUUUAAAAUCUGAGGUCGCAGAGAUGGUCAAAUCCUGCAUUCUGGAAGUUGUUAACAAUUAUAUCUGUAUUUAUAUUUUACUGUAAUCUUUUAUCCCCCCCCCCUUUAUCUGGGGCCCCAGGGCAAAUUGCCCCCUUCACCCCUCUGUGCGGCCUUGACAGCACCUGCAGUUACGACUAUCUAUGACAAUAUAGUUUCAUAAUCACAUGCUUGCAGGAAAGAAAUAUUUUCGUCUUGGUAAAUGAGAGGCGGCUUAGGCGUGACAAACCUCAAGAGGAGUUUCAGGGACAUGUAUCCACAGAUCAUUUUGCAAUCUAGGCUCUUUGAAAGGGCAUUUCCUUCAAUAUGCGGGGACAACCUAUAGAAUUCUGAAGAUUAUACACUAAUUACAAAACGUUAAGUAUCAUUCACUCCAUUUUCCAUGCUCAUAAAGAGAUCUUUGUUGUGAGACUUUGUUCAUCUGAUGAACCUUAAGUAUAAUAUUAGUGCGGACGUUCGAUAAUUUGGCAGUUACCAUUUCAAUUUCAUUCAAAUUACUCUCAUUCAAAAUGUUUUGAUUAACACUGUCAAGUGUCAAAACGAAUUUUCUGCUCAUUGCCUCAUUUUCGUGUUAAUUAUAACAACUUUUAUCACAGCAAAUUUUAUUACUGCACAUUUUACAUUUUCUUACUGCACAUUUUACUUUUAUCACUGCACAAAUUGGUUAUCACUGUCCACUAAAAUUAGGUAUGUUUUAUAUUCUCGUGGUGAAAGCAAUAUUUUACUCAUUUGGUACGCUUAUUCAUAAAGUAUUAUUUGCACUACUCGAAAUCAAAGUCCAUAUCUUAAUUCGCACAGCCUUAUAACCCCUAUGCAUAUGUUUAAUUGUUUCAUUCGUUUUUCAAGCGCCUGAUGCAGCUAUGGUAGAAGACAGCUCGAUCUUUAGAUGGCCAAAUGAAACCUCAAGUGAAGCUUCAAGCUCAGGUAAUUGUUUGGUUACGGUUAGACUUUGACUAUACAUUAUAGUUUACAAUUUACGUUUCCGAUUUUAGAAGACCAUAUAUUUCUGUGCACACUUUGUAAGUACCGUGUGUGUUUUCAUCAGAAUUUUUUGCAGCAUUUUUAUUGAAUAUAAUUCAUAAAAGCUGGUAGUGCCUAAGCUUUAGUUUUUAACGUGGAAAACAAAUUAAUGUUCUUUUGUACGGGACUUUAAGCUGUUGCGUUAUUUCUAUGGCUCUUUAAAGAGGUAUCGAGGGAACCGAUCAGUUGGCCUGUUCUUGAUUGCAGUCCAUAGGAAUUUUUAGUCAUGAGCAUUGUAGAUAAUUUUCCCCUCUUUUAUCUAGGUUUUUAAUCAUGUUUUUUGUUGUACUAUAUAGUUUUAAAUUACUCGCAGGUUCUCGAUCGACAGGAGACUCGCAUCGCGCGUUGAAGCAAGGUUUGAACCAAGGAAUGUCAACAAGACAAGAUGGAAGCCUACACGAUGCAUGUGCGAAAAGGCAUCUUCACAAAGUACGAGAGAUCUUGCAAAAAGACUCGGAUAUCAUCAACAGGUUGAAUCAACGUGUCGGUCCCUUGGGCGACAAUCCAUUGCACGAAGCUGCAUCUCGGGGUCAUGUUGAUAUCUUACAACUGUUGCUUAACCAUGGUGCCAGUGUGAACGCGGUGAACCAGGAGGGUUUUACAGCAUUGCACGACGCUGCACGUGAGGGUCAUGUUGAUAUCUUACAACUGUUGCUUAACCAUGGUGCCAGUGUGAACGCGGUGAACAAGGAGGGUUUUACAGCAUUGCACGACGCUGCACGUGAGGGUCAUGUUGAUAUCUUACAACUGUUGCUUAACCAUGGUGCCAGUGUGAACGCGGUGAACAAGGAGGGUUUUACAGCAUUGCACUACGCUGCUUGUGAGGAUCAUGUUGAUAUUUUACAACUGUUGCUUAACCAUGGUGCCAGUGUGAACGCGGUGAACAAUGAUGGUGAUAUACCAUUGCACGACGCUGCAUGUGAGGAUCAUGUUGAUAUCUUACAAC